GGAAUUGUAAUAAAUGUUGUCAAAACAAAUACAUUUAUUUAUCCUUUUUAUGAUUAGCUUUCACUCAAGAUUUUUGACAUAUUUAACUUAUUCAAUCAUUAUAAAAUUUCUCUUUUGGUUCGUCUCUUCCAAUUAUGUUCUCUUCAGUAUGCAGAACAACAGCUUCUGAGUAUAAGUGACGAUGUGUAGAGGCAAGAGUAGUGUGAACCAAAACAAUGUAUGUAAAAAUCGACAAUAAGAAUUCGCAAAGUUAUGAAUCGGCCUUUCAUUUUUGAAAUCUCUGAUCAAUUUUGCGCGCCAUUUUAGGGCAUUUUUUUCAUAUUUGCUGUCCAAAUUACCUUUUGGAUUUUGUCACUGUUGUCUUGACCGUUGUGCCAAACUUGUUUAGUCACUGUUUGUUUUGUUUUGUUUGUACUUGGACGGAUCGCCCGUUAACACUGUGUUUGUAGGAGAAAAGGUAUUCAAUUUUUCUUCUCGUAAUUUAAAAUAGAGUCUUGAAGAGGCCUUGAAGUUUGCCUCUUUACUGUUAUUGGUGUCACCUGUCUAACUUCAUCGUUGGUAGGUUUGAUGGACACAGAGAGCCGAGAAAAAUCUGUUUACUUGGCCAAACUUGCUGAGCAGGCUGAGCGUUACGACGAGAUGAUACAAGAAAUGAGAAAAGUUGCUUCAGAUGCCAACGAAAAUGUACCUGAGCUCAGUGUGGAGGAACGCAAUCUACUCUCAGUGGCAUAUAAAAACGUGAUUGGAGCCCGACGAGCUUCUUGGAGGAUUAUUUCUUCUAUUGAACAAAAAGAAGAGUCAAAGGGGAACCAAACUCAUGUAUUGAUAAACAGAGAAUAUCGGAAGAAGAUAGAGAACGAACUGAGCUCUAUUUGUCGAGAUAUUUUGUCCAUACUUGAGAACAAUCUGAUUCCCUCUGCCAAGUCAGGCGAGAGCAAAGUAUUUUAUUUUAAAAUGAAAGGUGAUUAUUAUCGUUAUCUCGCAGAGUUUACAAAUCAGGAAGAUAGAAAAGUAUCUGCUGAAGCAUCUUUGGAGGCUUAUAAGGCAGCAAGUGAAAUUGCCUCAACAGAAUUGGCUCCGACACAUCCCAUCAGAUUAGGGCUUGCUCUCAACUUUUCAGUCUUCUAUUAUGAAAUAAUGAACUCUCCUGAUCGUGCUUGUCAGUUGGCAAAACAAGCAUUUGAUGAUGCCAUAGCAGAGUUGGAUACUCUGUCGGAAGAAAGCUAUAAAGACUCGACCCUUAUUAUGCAAUUGUUACGUGAUAAUCUUACCUUGUGGACCUCGGACAUGGGUGGUGAAGAAGAUGGAAACGCAACGAAAGCAGAUGGAAAGGACGAACAGGAUCGGAGUAAACAAGAAUAAUUUAUAAACGGCAUUUGCAUUAUGUGUGUUCGUGUUCUGUGUGUCAUCGUAGUGCGCAUUGCCUCUUUUGGUUGGCAAAAGAUAGAGACGCGCGAAAAAGAUUUGCCAAAAGUUGAUUUUUAAUAAAGAGUGAUGACAAGUCAUUAUUGAAACGAUUGCAUAUGGAAGCGACCGUAAUGGAUUGGGUCGAAUAGAGAGCUUUGUAGGAAACUAUCAUGAGUUGGCUUACAAGUAUAACUAU